UGGGGCCGGUUGUGCUUGGAGCCGUUGGUAGUGGCGGUUGGUCCCCAGGCGCGGGUGCGGAGAGGGACCGGCGUGUGGGACCGGCCCGGGGCGGCUCCUCCUCCACCCCCUCCUCCUCCUCCUCUACUUCCUCCCGCCCAGCCUGCGAGUAGCUCGGGCCUCGGCCGUCCCGGGAUGGCUGCCUGGGUGCCUUCCGAUGCGCUGGGUCGAAGGCUCUUGUGUGGCACGGAGUACGGAACCGUGCGCUACGUUGGCAGCGUUCCUCCUACAGCAGGCAUUUGGCUUGGCGUGGAAUGGGAUGAUCCUCAGAGAGGAAAGCAUGACGGUACCUAUGAAGGGACACAGUAUUUUAAGUGCAGGCAUCCUAAAGGAGGAUCAUUUAUCCGGCCAAACAAGGCAAAUUUUGGAGUAGAUUUUCUUACUGCAGUAAAGGAUCGGUACGCAUUGAAUGAUGAGCGAGAUGUUCAACAUGGGACAGAGAAUACAUUAGUAUUUGGAAAGAAGACUGUGGAAUUUGUUGGCAUGGAUUCUAUUGCAGAACAACAAAGCCAGCUGAACCAACUGGUGGAUAUCUCCGUGCGUGAGUGUGCAGUGAGCCAUGCUGGUCAGAAAGAGGAAAUCAGCAGAACAUGUGCUAAUAUCAGGCAUAUAAAUCUGUCAAAAAAUCUGAUAUCAUCUUGGGAGACAGUAACAGCUAUUGCUUCUCAAGUUCAAAAUCUGGAAACACUUAAUAUCAGUGAAAACAAAAUGAAAUUUCCGUCUACAUCAACUUCUGUAUCCGGUGCAUUUUCAAAAUUGAGGAUUCUGGCACUUAAUCAAACUGAGAUAACGUGGGCAGAGGUUCUUCUUUGUGCUCCAGGAUGGCCAGCACUUGAAGAAUUGUACCUUACUUCUAAUAAUAUUACAGUUUUGGAAAGGCCUGAUAAUGUCCUGCAGACCCUGAAGCUGUUAGACCUUUCAGACAACCAGUUACUGGAUGGAAAUCAGCUGCAUCUAAUAGCACAUCUCCCCAGAUUAGAACAGCUAAUACUUAGAAACACUGGAAUAUCUUCUAUACACUUUCCCGAUGCUGGAUUUGGAUGCAAGACUAAAAUGUUUCCUUCACUAAAACGCCUUGCAAUAAAUGACAAUAAAAUAUCCCAGUGGUCAUCUAUCAAUGAGCUUGAUAAACUGCCAAGUUUGCGGUCACUGCAGUGUCACAACAACCCUUUCAUGGACACAGAGAAGAACCCAGAGACCCUGAGACAGCUAAUUAUUGCCAAGAUAAGUCAACUGGAGGUUUUGAACAAGUCUGAGAUCCUUCCUGCUGAAAGAAAAGGAGCAGAGCUUGAUUAUCGAAAAAUAUUUGGAAAUGACUGGUUAGCAGCUGGUGGGAAUUGGAACCCAGAGAAGAACAAACCAAGUGAAGAAUUUCUUGCUGCCCAUCCCAGAUACCCAUCGCUUUGUCUUAAAUAUGGGGCACCUGAAGAAGGAGAACUGAAGGGACGACAGCCUUUGACUCUGAAAAAUCAGCUUCUGACUUUGACAAUUAAAUGUCCCGAGAACCCUGAACAGAAGCCCGUAGAGAAAAAGCUACCAGAGUCUAUGACUAUUCAGAGGGUCAAAGGAUUGCUGUAUCGCCUACUUAAAAUUCCUGGUUCAGAACUGAAACUGUCCUACGAAAGUUCCAAACUGGAAGGAAAAGAAGUUGAACUAGACAACGACUUAAAGCCUUUGCAGUUUUACUCAAUAGAAAAUGGAGACUGUGUGUUAGUACGGUGGUAAGAAGGGACUCUCUUGAUAGACUGAAGGAAAAGCCAACCCUGGAACU